AUGUCAGAAAAACACAACACCACUGCCGCCAUCAUCUUCCGAGAACGCUUGUCAUACGAUGCAGUCCAAAGAGCCAUCAUGGAUCAUAUAGGAGGGGACAAGCACCUCUUGACCAAGCGCGUGUGGGAGAAUGUGGUCAAAGCUAUUGGAGCCGAGACAAUACCUAAGUAUGUCGAGUUAAAUGUUGAUUUGAGUAUAGAGAUGAAAUACUCUUGCGUGCAUAUCAUAGGCAUUAACGACAUGGCUAUCUUGGGGCUGAAGAUUUGCUUCGAGCCCGAGACCCGCUGCUGCAUUUGCACCAAGGAGAUCGGAUUUGGUGGUGAUACCGUGGGCUUAAGAAUGCCGUGUGAGCACGCGCUUCACGGUGGGUGCAUCGUGCGUUGGCUGAAGGAGAAUCGCAAUUGUUCGCUUUGCGUCUUCAAGGACCCAACCUUGGAUUGCUUUGCCUUUUUCGAUUUAUUAGAACCAUUUGGUAUGUUAUGUGCGGAGAUUAUUUCAUGUUUUGUUUAA